AUGUUCGCAUUCACCGUUUUCGGAUACAGAAAGGAUGGAAUGAGCGAGGAGGACUACCACAGCUAUAUCAGCACGGUGCACUCUGCUCAUCUCAAGGCACUACUAGCCAAGAACGACAUUGUUUCGUACACCAUGCAACACAACACAUCCGCAGCCAAGGCUGAACUCAUGAGCACCAUCUAUAAAGAUCAGAUGCCAGAUGACAAGAUCGCCGACUGUGACGCCCUUGUCCGUAUCGUCUUCAACGAUGUCCAGGAUUAUUUGCGUGUGAGGGAGGACCCUCACUUCCUGAACGUGGUGAACCCAGACCACGCCAACUUUGCAAACUUCCCCAAGACAAAGUUUGCAAUGGGAUGGUAUGAGGUUCAUGUUGCGAGUGGACAAGUUGUAUCCUAA